AUGUUUCGCCAAAGAACAAGCGCCCAAAAACCCGGCGAUGAACUGCUGGCCACUUUUCGAAAGCAGUUCCCCGAGGUAGCUGUUACGACCACAGGCCCAGUCGGCGCCGCGAGCGCCGCCGUUGUUGAUAACACGGGCAUGGUUCCGUCCAUCCCGGGAGUGCAAGAAAGCCUCAGCCAUGAGGCUUUCAGGGACCAAGACCCAACACCUAGAGCCACGAAUGAGCCAUGGAGAUUCACUCCAUCGCUGCUUGACCCCAACUCUUUCUCCUUCACCAACUUCGCCAAUGCGCCGCCCGGUUACUAUACUCCCACACCGGGAGGCACCAACACCAUCUAUCAUCCCCAAGCUGGUGACUUGCACACGCCCACCCUGGGUCUCGGCAUGGGGCUCGGGACUCCGCUGUCGAUGCCCACGUCUGAAGGCGCAAUGCACGCCGGACAGCCCAUGAUGGAUCUUGCCGGGUUCCAGGGAAUGCAAGGAAUGCACCACCCUCAGCAAUUCCAGCAACCGUUUCACCCCUUCAUCCAGCAUCCGACACACCAGCAAUCUUUUGCUCCCUCAUCGUUUGUCCAUCAAGACACCGGAUACGAGACUAUGGAACAAGACGGAUCGCCAAUGAACUCUGAUCCAUCCGAAGAACGAAUGGCUUCUAUCGACAGCGCAUUUCACAACUCACCUAUGGUUGGUUUCCAGGGAAGUCAAUUCGGAGGCAUGCCCAUGGCCGCGGUCUUGCCCCCAUCUGCCGAGAAGUUCCGUUUUCAUGCUACUCUUAAUGCCCCCACCGCCAUGAUCAAACACGCGGACGAGAUUCCUGUCACGUAUCUCAACAAGGGCCAAGCCUACUCCCUCUCCGUUGUCGACACCAAUGCUACGAUGCCCGUGGCCCCGGGAACCAAGUUUCGGACUUUCGUCCGCAUCUCUUUCGAAGACGAGCAGCAGAGACAGAAACCCGGUGUAUGCUGGGCUUUAUGGAAAGAGGGAAGAGGUACAAACGAAGCCCAUCAACGAGGUGGAAAAUUGCAGGCCGUGGAGUACGUCGAGGCAGGCCAGCCAACCGAAGGCGACGACAAGAGGACCCGUGUUGAACUGGAAACGUCUUCAUUUGACGGCUUCUCAGUGGUUUGGACACCCGGCAUCAACGGCGCCCCCGAGUGCAACAUUGCUGUACGCUUCAACUUUCUGUCAACCGACUUCAGCCACUCCAAGGGUGUCAAGGGCAUUCCCGUGAGACUUUGCACCAAGACCAGCACGUUCCCGAUAGACACUGCGCAGCCAGCAGCCGACGCCAAUCCAGAGAUUUGUUUCUGCAAGGUCAAGCUGUUCCGCGACCAUGGUGCCGAACGCAAACUUUCCAACGAUGUGGCACACGUCAAGAAGACAAUCGACAAGCUCAAGCAACAGAUAACCCAAGCGGAGAGUGGUAUGAAAGAUUUUGGAAAACGAAAGAGGUCCAACGCUGCAGCUCAAGUCAAGGGUGCAGACCAGCGACCUGGCAAGGUGCAGAAGCACAAGCGAACGUGGUCCAUGUCCUCAACCAGCUCAGCUGGUGGCGGAGCUCGUCCUCCUCUCGAGGAAGACUUGCACUUCAAGCUUCAAACCCUGCAGGACAUGUUUACCAGUACCCGACCUGUGAGCGUGUUAUACCUGCGCGGCGAAGACCUCGAUGAUCCCGACCUUCACCCCGUGUCUCUCCCCGGGGAACAAGGCGAACUUGCCAAGGUGGAAUCCCGUGAAGGCCCUGCCUGGCAAGCACGGAGUGGCCGCAGUUCCGUUGCCGGCUCGUCUCUGGUGUCACCUUCGCCGAGCUCCCUAUCGCUAGCUUCCCAGGCGUCAGUGGUCCCUCAUAGGCAAUGGACAGGUUUCGAGGGCGAAGGUUCUGGUGAACCUGCAUCCCGGCAAGGAUCGGACCAACCCACAAAGGUCGCCAAAACAGACGAUGCAGGUAACUUGAGCGGCUGGAUCGAGGCACUGGGUGUGGAUCCAGCUUACCGUCCUCCGCCAGAGCGCGUGCUGAAGCCCGCGGCCUGCUUCUACGUUCUUCGACCGAACACUCUGGAGCCGGAGAAACGGGAAUACUACCGGGCUAUAUAUUUGGCCCAGAGGAAUCUCAAAGACUUCAACUACCGCGUGGCUGCAAAAUGGAACCUGGACCCUUCGAAGAUCCUGCGGACAGUCCACGUCCUUGAUCGUGGUCUCGAGGUUGAAAUAGACGACGAUGUCAUCCAAGAACUCAGAGAAGGCCAAGACAUGAUGCUUGAAAUCAAGGAGAUCUUGCCCGACAACUCUGUCCAGCCCAAACGCGAAUGGGAUAUGGCCGUUGACCCGAGCGAUGGUGACGCCAUGGACCAAUCAUCUGCACAAGGCGGCUUAGAAUUGCGCCUCAAUUUUUAA